AUGAUUAAUAUUUUAAGCAAAUCUUCGGUAAAGAGAUUCUAUAGUGUCGAAGAGGUGGAAGAUGUUGAGUUUUUAUCCGAUAAUCGUUAUAUUAGUGAUGAUGAUAAUAAUCGUACUUUGACCUUGAGAUAUAACAAGACUCCGGUUGAAAAUUUUUCAGUGCCGGAUGAUAGUUUUAGUGUUAUUAAACCGAAUAAAAAUUAUGUCGUUGAGGAGAAUUUCAAUGAAGUGGACGAUGGUGAAAUUAAAAAUAGCUCUGAAGAUACUUUUCACAGGGCAGUGAGUCCAAUUCUCUUCUUGGGCCAAUGUUUUGCUUUAAUGCCUGUUAUGGGUGUUUUAAAUCCAAAUCCAAAACGUUUAAAAUUUUCCUAUAAAUCUGUACAAGUUAUUUUCACAUUAUUUUUCUUGUGCUCCAGCUCUAUACUGACCUUAACUAUGCUAAAGUUUUUAGUUAAAGUUGGCAUUAAUGCCAAGAACUUUGUGGGUUUGGUUUUCUUUAGCUGUGUUCAAUGCUCUACUUUACUGUUUGCCUCUUUGGCUCCACGUUGGCCCAAUAUAAUGUGUUAUUGGUCUCGAGUGGAAACAAUUUUCACCCAAAAACCCUAUGAAAUGCCGAAACAACCUUUAGCCAGUAGAGUAAGAAUUUCAGCAUUAUUGAUAUUUAUUGGUUCAGCUGUGGAACAUGCCUUGUAUCUGUGCUCGGCCGUUAUUUCCUAUAGAAGAGGAAUCGAGUUAUGUGCAUCUGUACGUAAUUAUACGGAAACAGUUUCAUUUGAAGAUUAUGUUCAUCGAAAUUAUAAUUAUGUUUUUGAAAUAUUACCUUAUAAUAUGUCUGUGGGCGUUUUUAUAUUGAUCGUAAAUGGCUACUGUACAUUUAUUUGGAAUUAUAUGGAUCUCUUUAUAAUGAUGGUCAGCAAAGGCAUCGCUUAUCGUUUCGAACAAGUAACAAAACGUAUUAAUAAUUUAAAAGACAAGGAAAUACCCGAAACAGUCUUCAUUGAAAUACGUGAACAUUAUGUUAAAUUGUGUGAACUUUUAGAAUUUAUAGAUGAUAAUUUAUCAGGCAUCAUACUAUUGUCCUGUAUGAACAAUUUAUAUUUUGUUUGUUAUCAAUUGUUGAACAUCUUUAACAAACUUAGAUGGCCUAUUAAUUAUAUUUACUUUUGGUAUUCUUUACUGUAUUUAAUUGUUCGCACGGCUUUUGUUUUUCUAUCGGCUGCAACGAUUAACGAUGAAUCGAAAGGUGGCUUGUCUGUCUUGCGUAAAGUUUCCUCGCGUACUUGGUGUGUAGAGGUGGAAAGAUUAAUAUUUGAAAUGACUACACAGACGGUGGCAUUGUCUGGCAAGAAAUUUUACUUUUUAACAAGACGUCUUCUAUUUGGGAUGGCCGGUACAAUAGUAACUUAUGAAUUAGUUUUGCUGCAAUUCGAUGAACCCAAUCGUGCUAAAGGUUUAACAGCUCUGUGUGGAACAAUUUCAUUGUUUUCCGUUUGUCUUCUUGAGCAUGUCUAUUUGUGGCGUUUGGCCAUUAAAUGGCCUAAUCUCAUGUUACAAUGGCGUCAGGUGGAACAAAUAUUUCUCAAGGCUCCCUAUAAAUUGUAUGCGAAUUACAAUAUGAAAUUGAGAAUAUAUUUUUGGUAUUCGUUAAUUAUGUUGUGUAGUUUAGCUGAACAUAUGAUACUGUUGUCAAACUCAUUUGACAAGACUCAAUUGGAACAUAAGCAAUGUAAUUUAAACACUAGUUUUUGGGAAAGUCUUUAUGCACGUGAGAGGCCACAUCUGUCAGGUGUUCUACCAUGUCAUUAUUUGAUUUUAGGCAUAUUGGAGUGGAUAAAUUUAACCUUGGCUUACCCGCGCUCCUUUACCGAUACAUUUAUCAUAAUUGUCAGUAUUGGUUUAGCCACACGUUUUCGUCAGUUGUAUUUGCGUAUUGAUAGUGUUAAGGGAAAGGCUAUGCCCUCUAUAUUUUGGUUGGAAACUCGUGAACAUUUCUUAGUACUCAAACGUCUAAUGCGUCUUAUCAGCAAUGAACUAUCGCCCUUAAUCUUAUUGGCUUUGGCUAAUAAUAUGUAUUUUAUAUGUUUUCAAUUGUUUAACAGUUUUAACAACAUUGGUGUGGAUUCGGUGGCAGAAAUUGGUUUUUGGUUUUCAUUGAUUUUUAAUAUAAUUCGAACAAUUCUAACACUCUAUCUGGCAACAUUAACUAAUGAUUAUACGAAAAAAAUUGUAUCAUGUUUGCGUGAUAUACCAUCGAAAUCCUGGUGUAUUGAGACUCAACGUUUUAGUGAACAACUUUCGGUUGAUUUAACAGCUUUUACUGGCGGUGGUUUUUUCUUUAUGACCCGUAAACUUAUAUUGGCGAGAGUAAAGUAUACGCAGAGCAUAAUGUCUCCAACAGCAACAACUAUAACUGAUGCCACUUCAGCAACUGUUGCAAGAACUUCAGCAGCAGCACGUUUAACAAAACGGCAGAUGUUGCAAGUUAAAGUGCAAUCAAGUGAUGAGAGUGAAAGUGUUAAAAACACCCUUCAUCAUGCUCUGGGACCAUUUCUCGUACUAUCGCGAUUUUUUGGUAUUUUUCCAAUAACCGGUGCUUGGCCAACCACUGAUGUUGAAAAAGUAACUUUUAAAUGGUUAACUUUACCGGUAUUGUCGACCGCAGUUAUGAUGGGAUUUGCAACAUUAGAUGUUUGUCUAACAUUUAGAAUGAUGUCGGAACAAGGCUUAAAGUUGACAACAACAGGUCCCUUAAGCUUUAGCAUUGAAUGCUUAAGUGCCUUUAUUGUUUUUCUAUGUCUCUCACGUAAUUGGCCAAAUUUGAUUAAGUCAACGCGUCGCUUGGAAAAUAUAUUUUCUCAACAUCUCUACACCUGCAAGGAGUCGAAAAAGUUUAGUCAGCGUAUACGUUUCUUAGGCUGGAUGUUUCUGUUCUGUUCCGUUAUUGAACAUUCAUUUUAUGUUAGCAGCGGCAUCUAUAGUAAUUAUUUGCAAAUUAAACAAUGUAAUUUAACAGUAAAUUUUUGGCACAACUAUUAUGUGCGGGAACGUUUACAAAUCUUCUCCCUAGUGAGUUAUACGGUGUGGUUGGUACCGUUGCUACAGUGGAUUACUAUUUCUAUGACAUUUGUGUGGAAUUUUAUCGAUAUAUUUCUCAUACUUACAUGUCGCGGUUUAGCAAUAAGAUUUCGUCAAUUCGAUUGGUGCAUAAAAUGUCAUAUAAAAAAGAAUAUGCCAAAUGAUUUUUGGCUUAAGAGACGUCAAGAUUUUUUAACUCUUUCCGAUCUAUUUCAACAAUACGAUGACAAAUUAUCCAAUUUAGUACUGUUAUCGUCAGCCCAGAAUAUGUAUUUUAUGGCUUCACAUACAUUUUACAUUUUUCACUUAACUCGUGAGAACUUUAUGAUGGAUGUAUAUUUUUGGUUCUCUUUUGCCUUUGUGGCUUUUCGUUCAUUUUACAUGAUGUUGACUGCGUCCAGAAUACACGAUACAACAAACGAAAUUAUAGCAUCGAUGUAUGAAAUUCCCACUGCUCACUGGUGUUUGGAGCUUAAAAGACUUAAUGAAGUCAUUGUGUCUGAUUUGUUUGCUAUAAGUGGCAGGGGAUUCUUUUUCAUAACCAGACGUUUAAUGCUUGCAAUGGCUGGGACUCUGGUCAUAUACGAGCUAGUACUUUUGGAUCAAGUCGACAGUACUGAUGUAACAACUCCACUCUGCAAUCAACGAAAGGGUUGAAUGAACACAAUGCAUUUCAUGAGAAGCUGAUGUUUGAUGGGUUUGUGGGUGUUGGUUGUCUUCAUUUUUAUGUUUUUUUUUUGUUAUUUACUCAAAUGAUUUUUAUA